AUGGCGCAUGACGAACCUUCUGCACAGUUGCAUCUCGAGCUACGAGAAGCCGUUCAGGCCGCCCUAGCUACUCAUCGUCCCAUCCUACACCACCUCAACGCUGAUACAAGCUGGUUGUUGCAGCUUCCACGACCAGACAGUGCGGUUCGCAAUGGCGGGCGCCUAUACUACAAUAUCCUGAUCGAUCCAUGGUUGGGCGGCUACCAGAUCGACUUCGCUUCCUGGUUCUCUCAGCAAUGGCACCGAGAGCCGUGCGCGGUGGGCAGUAUCGCAGCAGUUGAAGAGCUUGCGCAGGAAAUAGAAAUACUAGCGUCGGGACUUCGAAUUGGGGCUGGCAGGAAAAGCAGUAAGAAUGCCGAGCUCGAGGAUGGCAACCUAGAGACGUUCAUUGAUGCGCUCGCUAUAUCCCACGAGUUUACCGAUCACUGUCACCAAGAGACAUUACUCCAGUUACAUCCGGACGUGCCGGUCUUUGCAGUCAAGGAGGCUGUCAAGGUGAUCCGUGGCUGGCAACACUUCCGGACGAUUACCAAGAUUGACGAAUUUGGUCCGGCUGACGAUGUGGACUGGCGAAGCACAAGUGUGCCACCUCUACCGGAGUGGGUUGGAAUCGGCAGACUGGUGCAGCAUUCAGAUGUUGGCAACCUUCAUUCAGCGUUGAUGAUUACAUUCAACAAUCAGCAUGCUCGAACGAGACUAAGCCACCCUAAUGGUCACAGCCAUGCUCGGAAGCGACAUGCCACCAUCGGGCCGGAUGAGAGUGAAGAGUCUGCGGAAGCGGUGAUCUACACUCCACACGGCAUUGCGGCGCAAGAGCUUUCCAUGGUGACCAGAGCGUCACCGACCAUCAGAACGCUUGCGCUUGUGCACGGCUUGCAGAACGUCCGCCUCAAGCCGACGAAAGGUAUCACAGCAUUGCAGAUCAACCGUGGUGGUCUGAACGGUCUGGAGGCUCAACGAGCGCUGAACGCUCGCUAUUGGGUCUCUACUCACGACGAGAUUAAGAGAGGUCGUGGUUUGAUCGGGUGGUUACUUCAGCAGCAAACCAUCACGCCGAAGGAAGCCUCAUCUCAGUUGCAGAGAAGCGCAGGAGAUCGUGCCGAGGCAGGCACGAACGGGCGAGGAGACGCUUCAGACGACACGCACUGGGUCAGCGUAGGGAACGGCGAGAGCAAGAUUCUGGAGUGA